AUGUCCACUAGUUUGAGGGUGGUAAGGAGAGGCGACUUUGUGAGUAACUUCAUGCUUCUUCAAAAGAUUUGCAAAGAUUCUGUUGAUGAAAUGCGACCCUCCAUCACUUAUGACUAUUCUAGGUACUCCAAACCUUGGAAAGAUGAUGGAUUCCCCUCUGUUGUGGCUGCUCACAAGAGGAUUGGGCUCCUUCAAAAGUUCAACAAAUGGCAAGGGAAGGCCAUUGAAAAGAUGCAAAAGUUCAUGGACAAGAUGGUGAGCAAGAUCAAGAGUUUGGAGAAGAAAGUCUCUGGUUCUUCAUCCAAGAAGAAGAAGGCAACCAUGGCCCCCACAUUCCCAAUGAGUACAUCUCUCCUCACCACUCCAAGGAGGAUUCCUGCCAAAGAGCCUCACAGAGCCUCAUCAUUUGAGCCAAGGGAAGGAGAAGACAACUCGCAGAGGAGGAGGAAGAGUUCCAAGGCUCGACGCUCCAGCUCGACCACAGGACUCGAUCGAGUCCAAACAGAGGAAACUCAACUCCAUCGAGCUGAUGGUCGAGUCGGUCUUGAGGAGUCAGGAUUCGAGUACCCUGGGUUCGAGUACGAUCCAACACCUUACCAGGAGUAUCCUCAGAGCAGGUGGAACCCCUAUGGACAGUUCGAGCUAGCCAUGCUCCACCAAGGCCAAGGGAGCCACACACACUUCAAUGAAGAAGAGGAAGAAGAGGAGCCGCAAGCUCAAUCGAGCGGCGUGAACCCGGCCGAGUGGAGCGUCCCUGACGGCCGUCUGCCCUCUCCUGACCAUGACCUUGCCUCCCAGAUCUUUGGGGGGCACUGA